AUGAACUCGGUACCUAUUGCAUUAAAUAAAGCAGCAAUGCGCAAAUAUGAAGAUCUUGAAGUCCCUUGCGAAUUAAUACUUGGAAGCUACGUAUGGGUCGAUGGUUCUGGCAUAAAUUUACGUUCCAAGGAUAGAACAUUCGAUUUUGUACCCAAGACACACAAAGAUUUGCCAAUUUGGUAUUUUGAUGGCAGUAAUACGGCACAAGCCACUCCUGACAACUCCGACACUUUCAUCUUCCCGCAAGUGAUAUAUCACGAUCCGUUUCGGCGAGGAAACCACAUAUUGGUUUUGGCUGACACCUACCAAUACAAUUAUCAACCAACUGCUACGAAUCAUCGAAAGAAUUGCACAUUAGUGUGUGAGAAGGGUGAAGUAGAGGAGCCUUGGUUUGGUUUCAACCAGGAGUUCUUUUUGAUGACUACGGAUGGAAGGCCCCUAGGAUGGCCUCCGGGCGGUUUUCCCGCACCUCCAGGUCCUUACUAUUGCGCAAUCGGCGCGAAUAAAAUAGUUGAUAGAGACCUCAUGGAAGCGUUCUAUAGGUGUUGUCUUUAUGCGGGCGUACGAAUCAACGGUAUAAACCCAGGGACCACACCUUCCCAAUGGAAUUUUCAAGUUGGGCCGUGCCCGGGAAUAAGAGCGGCUGACGAUUUAUGGAUGGCGCGCCACAUUUUAAGUAAAUUGGCAGAAGAAUAUGGAACUGUAGCUUCAUUCGAACCUCAACCGGUAGCUGAUUGGCCAGGAAAUGGGACCUUUGUGUAUUUUUCUUCGAAAGACAUGAGGGAAGAAGAUGGAAUUUUAGUAAUAGAAAAAGCGAUAGACAAGUUGGCACGGAGACACGGCGCUCAUAUCAAUGAGUACGACGCUAGCAACGGCGCUGACAACGUGCGACGUCUCACCGGCAGACACGGCUUAUCCCACAUUCGAGAUUUUACGGCGGGUGUGGCAAAUCGAGGUUGUUCCGUUCGAAUUCCGCGUCAGGUAUCUGAAGACAAACGUGGAUAUUUAGAAGAUCGUAGACCUGCCGCCAACGCUGAUCCAUAUCGUAUUAUUUCUAUUAUCAUGCGUACGUGCAUUUUUGAUGAG